GGAAAUUUGUACCGAAUCCACAAUCCUUGGAAGUAAAUGUAUUCGUUAACGUCAUCAUGAUUAUGUCCGCCGCGUGAUGAGCGCUUCGUGGACUAGGGUGAUGGCGUCUCGAAGUGCUUGGGCAUCCGUGGACAGUUGACGGAGGUCGUGGGAAGGGGAUGAAUCGCAUGCGAUUUCGGCGUUGCUGAGUAAGAUCUCGACGGCAUCGAGUAACUGUCGGAGUCGCAGACUUACGUCGGUCGCGUCAAAGAAAUUGCGCUGGAUCUGACCCUCCAAGCGAGCUAAGUUAGUGCGAUGCGUGACAAGUUGCAGCUGCAGCUCGACGGUCGUGGCUUGGACGUCCACUCGGACAUGCUGCCGUUCGUCGAAGAGAAGCAUAAAGACGAGCGACGACGGCGAUGUGUUUGUGGACGACACGAGCGAUGAAAGGACGAGGUCAUCUGUGGGGUACUUUCCCUUGAACAAAAGGCGCUGGGAGCGGGCGGCAACUCCACUGAGCAUUUCCAGGUGUGUCUUGACGUCGAAGACGGACGAGAUGGUGUCCAUUGCGAACCGAUACCGGUCUUUUCCACGAACAACUUGGACAAGCACUUGGUUUUCUCCGACAGGUACGACGACACGUGGCAGUGGUGGUGGUGGUGAUGGAGUUGUUGGCGCGAUGGGAACGUCUGGGGACAAAGGACGGUGCGUUGCUGAUGAUGUGUGGACUUGUGAUGAUGGUGAACGACUCAGCAGCAUCAUCUUUGGUUUGCUGGGAAGAGUGGACAGGUUGAUCGUCGAUGCGUCCAAUAGUUCCUUCCCCUUAAAGAGCAACUUCUGGGCUGCAACAGGUGUACCAAACAAUGGCUCAAUCAAUCCUUUGAGCUUUCGGACAGUCAUUUGGCCAUCUCCAUCCACAGGAAUCGUCAACACGGCUUGCUGCUUGCCAUAGAAGAUGGAGAUCUGGACGAUGCCGUCGGCGGCGGCGGCAGAACUCAUUCCAACAACUAUGAUG